AUGGGGACCCGGCAUCUCAUUUGCGUCUUUUGGAAGGGCAAAUGGUUCAUCGCCCAGUACGGCCAGUUCGAUGGCUACCCCGAAGGUCAGGGCGCCAAGAUCUUUAACUUCCUGUCAUUCGCCCGCAACGUCGAGAACCUCAAGGCCGGCCUGGAGAAUCACAUUUACGAGCCGACGGAGGAUGAGAUAACCGCCAUCUGGAAUGAAGGCGAAGCCUGGGACGACAACCAACACGAGCAAAACCUUAGGUUCAACCCCACCAUGUACGGCGUCAGGAAGCUUUAUCCCAGCAUGGCGCGGGAAACCUCUGCUGGCAUUCUGGGCAUCAUCGCUCGGGCGGGCCAGACCGAGGAGACGGAUGGUGCUGAAGACGACAAGGAAAAGAAAGUAAAGAAGAUCCCCGUGAAGCUAGAGCUGGAAUUCGCAAAUACGCUCUUUUGCGAGUGGGCCUAUGUUGUCGACCUCGACAAGGAGGUUAUGGAGGUUUAUGGCGAUUGCGAGAGAAAGCAUGAUGGUCAUCGGUUCAAGGAUGUCGGCGACGAGACGAGUGCCGUUCCUGCGUUCAUCUGUUCGCUCGACUUUUCGGAGAUCUACUUGAUGAAGAGUGACAGAGAGUUCCUGGAAAAGGUCAAGAAGGCUUGCGAAGAGAAAUCUCGGGACGAGGAGGAGGAGGAGGAGGAGGAAGACGGGGAUACCAAUCUCGAGGCUGCCGGUGAAGAGGACGAAGGCGCCGAGGGUAGCGCUAAGGGCAGCCCUUCAGGAAGGGGACAGAAUCCUGGUGGAAAGAUAGGUGGAUCUUCGAGAACCAAACCACUGAUGCCGGCCUAG